UGCCCUAACUGCAGCUCCUCUGACUACCCAGAAGUGGAUAUAGUCAAGAUGGUGGUUUUAGGGAUGGUGCUAUUGGUGUUUGCAGUGUUUGGAGUCCUUGGCAACAUCCUGGUCAUCCUGUCAGUGUUGUUCCACCACCACUGGCGUUCUGUGACACAUUACUUCAUUGCCAACCUGGCAGCAGCAGACCUGCUGCUCAGCUCAGCCGUCCUUCCCUUCUCUGCCACUUCAGAGGCUCUGGGUAGAUGGGUGUUUGGUCGGUCCUUCUGCAACGUCUGGGCUGCGCUGGAUGUCCUCUGCUGCACUGCCUCCAUCCUCAGCCUGUGUGUGAUCUCUAUCGACCGCUACCUGGCUGUCAGCUACCCUCUGCGCUACCCUGAUAUAGCCACGGGGCGGCGAGGCCUGACAGCAGUGGCUGCUCUCUGGGGACUCUCUGCAGCUAUAUCCGUGGGCCCCUUGUUUGGCUGGAAGGAGCCCGACCCAGAAGAUGAGACAGUGUGCCGAAUCACAGAGGAGCCUGGUUACGCUUUGUUCUCAGCAUUAGGAUCUUUCUAUAUUCCUCUGGUCAUCAUUCUAGCCAUGUACUGCCGUGUGUAUACUGUGGCAAAGAGAGAGACAAAUACCUUUAGAAAGGGCAGUAAAGGUGAAGGGAUUGAAGCAGAAGGGGUGAUGCUGAGGAUACACAGAGGGAACGCUGCGCAGGUGGGGAAACAGGAAGAUGACGAGCAAACUGACAGGCAUAAACGCUCCACUUUUUCUCUGCGGAGGCUGCUGAAGUUCUCAAGAGAAGAGAAGGCUGCCAAGACUCUUGGCAUUGUUGUCGGAUGCUUCAUACUGUGCUGGCUUCCUUUUUUCCUGGUUUUACCCAUUGGAUCUAUCUUCCCAUCUUAUAAGCCCUCUGAAACCAUCUUUAAAAUAACCUUCUGGCUGGGUUAUCUCAACAGCUGCAUUAAUCCUAUUAUCUACUCAUGCUUCAGUCGGGAAUUCAAGAAGGCCUUCCAUAAUGUGCUCCGCGGUCGCUGCCUGAGAACCGCUAAACCGCAAGGACACAUCACCCCCCAUUCCACCAGUCUGGGACCCACAUCUGAUCCCUCAACCCAGAAUUGUGUCACUGUUUCCUCAUGGUGUUGCUACAGGGCGCUGUCCUCAUCAUCUGUCAAUGGUACGGAUCAGUCUCAAGCUACACAAAUCCAGAAUAAGAAUCUGCUGAAGACAUGGUGUUUCUCAGCAAGUCAAACUCCAGUACCACAGAACCCCUCCAGUCAAGGAUCAAACAAGGUCUUACGUCUAUCUCUUGGUGUUAAGGGAGAUGCUGUUUGAUGGGUAUGCUGAGGCAACAUGGCAUCUGAUCUUGCAUCUCUGUCUUGGUUUUACCUUGGGGAAACACUGAACAACUUUCACAUGUAUAGUUAUAUUCCUCAGAGGCAUCAGAGUGACAGGACCAACUCGCCUCCAGAGCAGGCAGGAGAAAACUCUGUUACCUUAAGGCCUUAUGCCAGUUUAAACACCUGUGUCAAAAUAAGUAAGACUAGGGAAAAUGAAUAAUUAAUAUUUUGUCUUCACUCAUCAGCCACCACUACUAAGCUACUCUUAAAACAUCAAAAUAUCCAAGAGGAGCUGCUCAUUGACCAGCAAGCUGAAGGCUGUUGACAGCAUGAACGCACAGCAAUAGAGGUUCUGCUUUUUGAAAGCAUGGACAGUUAGUAGGCAUAAUUAUCUGUGUUUGGUUUGGCAGGGAAAAUAAAAGGUAAUAUAAAUCUUAUUGAACAGCUAUUGUAAAAGGACACCACAGACAUGAUCUCUUAAAACUUUAGUGGUGUUUCAGCAGACUGCACAAAAGCAUUUAAGUGUGCAAUACUCACACCAGAAUAAUCCGCAUUCACGACAUCUCAGCAAGUAGAACCUGGUGUGGGACUAUGUUAAAAUGACAGACAUCUUACACUACUGUACAGUCUGACAAAAGUUCCACACCUGUGAUGUAUUCAAUGUCAAAAAUGUGAUAAAUCAGAAGAACUCUAAAGCAAGCUGACAGCCCUUAUAUGUUAUUGCCUUAUAAAGUUAUAUGUAAUUGCCUGCUAACACAUCCAGCAGACACAAAGCUACUGCAUCAAAGUCCAAUAGUCACUCUCCUUUUAGCUCUGUUUUGGUCUCUACCAACUCCUGAAAAUAAUAUUUGGCUCAUGAGCAGAUGUUCUACCUUCUCCAGAUUGUCGCUAAGUUUGUCUGCCUGUCAGGUAUAGUAGCAUACAGUCAAUGAAUCAGUGCUAUAAAACAAAAACAAUGAGCUGACAGAGACUAACAACUAGAGGUAAAAGAACGCACUCAAUGAGUGCUUUUACAUUUUUGAAGGAUCCUGUUUUAGCAUUUGUGCAUAAAAACAUCAUAUCCCAUAUCAGAAAGAAUAAGCUCUUAUCCCAGUUUUGAGAAACCUGAAAAUGCUAAGCAGAGUGCUUCAAAAUAAUCUGGGAUACUGUUGUAUGUAUACAACUUAUCUAAGUCUCUGAAUGUUCCAAACUAUCUGCACAGGCACUGCUACAGCACACACGUGACUUCAGAUAAACACAAACGAUGUUGGCAGCAACAGCAUCUCAUGGCUGGAGCGACGGAGGUAGUGUUAAGAUACAUGCCAACAAUAAUUACAAACAAAUUGUUUUACCAAAUAGAAAAACAAAUAGUUUUACCAAAAAUGUCCUAAUUAUAAUAUAAGCUGUUCAUAUUGAUGGAUAUAGAAGAUGACACAUCAGUAACCAGGUUACUAGUUUUUAUCAUGUAUACAGGGGUAUGCAUAACCAGGUUUCUCUGUUCCAUGUAAAUACCAUAUGCCAAAUAUGAUCAAAACCGGGAUACUCCUACAUUAAACCGGGAUACCAUGUCCAUGUAAAUGCAAUCAGUUUGAUUCUGAUUCUUGAUGUCACUAGAACUGAGGCUUAAUUCAAACCCAAGUCUCAAUUUAAUGAAUAAAGAGGAUGCAUAGUUUUCAGGUUUGUACACCACUGAAAUCAGAAUCAGCGAUAUGAACCCUAACUGCCAGAAAUAUAAAUUGUUUGAUUUUCAAGUUUAAUUUUAAACUGCCAUCAUUCGGAAGCAUCUUAGCUUUGGUUUUUUUGGCUACAUAAAAAUAAUGACAUGGAAGUGACCUUCACUGACCAAUAUCCCUGGUUAAAUUUUUUAAUUUCAGUGCUGCAUAUCCCCAGCAGUGCAGGACAACCUCUCUGCUGCAUCAUUUGUAUGAAGGAAAGCCAUUGUUAUCCACAAUGCUGUACAGGCACAGGGUCUUUGAAAUUAAGUUAUUUAUUCACUUGACCAGAGUUGGCCCAUUUUCUAAAGUCUGGUGGUUGCCCAGCUCAUUUGCUUAUGCUUAAGUUCAGUUCUUCACUUUGCUAAAGUGUGUCUCUCAAAGCUAAUUAUUAUGCUAUUAAAUCCAAACAGUGCCCUAAUGCUUGCCUUUUUUGAAGAUGAACUAGGUAGUUCAAGUGUGUGCACAUUGUAUACAUCCCCAGGUACUGCACAUUGCUCUUGUGGUUAAACUACACCUUUUCUGCCCCAUUAACAUAUCAUUACCAGCUUACAAAAUGGAUUUUUGAGAUUCAAAUUGAUUCAGAGUCAUGCAGGGCAAGAAACUAUUCUUAUGUGCCACUGUGGGAUUAGUGGGUUCCUCUGCAUUAUGCUGUACUUGCUCAUUUGAAUUGUUGGCAGUGUUUUAAUUAAAAAAAAAAAAAAAAAAAAGUCAAUUAUUGGAGCUUUAAAUCUUACUCAUUUUAGUAUUAAGGCUGGAGAUUGAUUUCCAUUUGUUGCCUGUGGUUGAAGAACAUUACUGCGGGGUUGUUAUUCAGUUAAUCAAAUACAUUUUGUGAUGUGCAGGAGGCCACAAUAUAAAAGGUGACAUUGUGAAAAGAUAUGGAAAUGUGAAAGGACACUGAACUUUUGUGAUAGAAAGGUACAAAAAUAUUACUGUAACCUUUUAUAUAUAAAAAAAAGAAAGAUUGCCAUAACAUAUGCCAACAAAGAAUCUGCUUUCAGCAAAGAGGAACAUUAAUAUUGGCCAGAAGCUUCAAUGAAUUAACAUCUCUCUGACCAGUCGCAGCAAAAACAGAAAGCUUUUCACAAGGUAUUUUUCAUUGCAGGCUGAUUGCACUGGUUUGUAUUAUAUUCUAUGCAUGUCUGCUGU